CUUUCGCUGCCGCCGGCGGCAUAAAUGCCCAGCUCUGGGCGGCCGCUGCUGCGUUUAGUCAGUCGCUGAGGAAGAAGCGGAGAUUGGCGACGCUGCUCUUUCUCUUCUCCCUCUCUCUCUCCCGCGUCUUGUGGUGAGGCUGAAGAGCUUGAUUUGAUCCAGUUACAAAACCUUCCCUACCACCUCACCCAGAGGCAGUUGCCAUAGGUGAGUGGUAAUUUGCCAACAUGGCGAUGGGCAUCAGAUUGUCUUGAGCUGAACCAUGAACUGGUAUUUGCCUUUCGUCUUUUCUGUCUUUGCUUCAACAAGUAUGUGCUUCCCACCAAAUCCCCUAUCGCUUGAAGAACUGGGCUCAGACAUUGGAAUCCAGGUUUUCAAUCAGCUGGUCAAAAACAGACUUAAGGAUAAUGUUGUGGUUUCUCCACAUGGAAUUGCAUCAGUACUUGGAAUGCUUCAGCUAGGAGCUGAUGGCAAGACAAAGAAGCAGUUGACGACAGUGAUGAGAUACAGUGUAAAUGGAGUUGGUAAAGUGCUGAAGAAGAUAAACAAAGCCAUCGUGUCAAAGAAGAACAAAGAUGUUGUAACAAUUGCAAAUGCAGUCUUUGCAAAAAGUGGCUUGAAAAUGGAAGUGCCUUUUGUUUCCAGAAACAAUGAGGUGUUUCAGUGCAGUGUCAAGAGCAUUGACUUUGAGGACCAGGACACUGCCAGUGAUACUAUUAACCAGUGGGUUAGAAAUGAAACUAAGGGUAUGAUAGACAGUGUUCUGUCUCCAGAGGAUAUUGAUAGUGUUUUGACCAGGCUGGUACUGGUAAAUGCGGUAUACUUUAAGGGAUUAUGGAAGUCACGUUUUCAGCCAGAAAACACAAAAAAACGAACGUUUAAUGGAGCUGAUGGAAAGACUUACCAAGUACCUAUGCUGGCUCAGUUGUCAGUGUUCCGCUGUGGCACAACAAGUACUCCUAAUGACUUAUGGUACAAUAUCAUUGAAUUGCCAUACCAUGGUGAAAGUAUCAGUAUGUUGAUUGCCCUGCCCACAGAAAGUACAACUCCUUUGUCUGCUAUUAUUCCCCACAUUAGCACCAAAACUAUACAGAGUUGGAUGACAACUAUGGUACAAAAGAGAGUGCAGGUCAUUUUACCCAAGUUUACAGCAGAAGCAGAAACAGAUUUAAAGGAACCUCUACAAGAGCUUGGUAUUCGAGAUAUGUUUGAACAAUCAAAAGCAAACUUUGCAAAAAUAACGAGAACAACAAGUCUUCAUGUCUCUCAGAUUUUGCAGAAAGCAAAAAUCGAAGUGAGUGAAGAUGGAACCAAAGCUUCUGCAGCGACAACUGCAAUUUUAAUAGCUAGGUCAUCACCUCCUUGGUUUGUAGUAGACAGGCCAUUUGUUUUCUUCAUACGGCACAAUCCAACAGGUGCAGUUUUGUUUAUGGGACAAGUCAACAAACCUUGAACGUCAGAAGAAAUUUUCCUUCUGAAACAAAUUUAAAGAUUGAUGCUCUUGUUCUGUUAAAUAUUUUUGUACACUAUUCUUUGGCUACGAGCUAGCUUCUGAAUAUAGUUCGUGAACUAGGUUUUGAAAAGGAGUCUUAAGUAGCUUGGGCUCUCUGUGGAAAAGUUAAAUACCUUUUCCAAAACAGUUUAAAGAUUCUUAAAACUACUGAUUAGUUCAUUGUGCUAACAACUUUUGAAAUUUUGUUUGGUUUAAGUAUUUUGUAUUGUGAUUUGGGAAGUCUUUAACCCAGGGUUGGUCGAACUAAAGGGAUAACUUUAAUUUUUUUAUUUUUAUUUUGGUUUGUAUAUGCCCUUCUACUACUACUGCUGUCAGUGGAGUGAUUUAAUAAGGCAUUGCCAUUAAAAUAAAUUUAAAGCUUUUGCCAUGUUUAUUUUAUAUUGUGCAUGCAUUGCUGAGACUUAAACAACUAAUGUCCCGGUUAACGCCUUUGCAUUGGUGUAAUGUAAAGUUGUCAUUGCUAGUAUACACUUUCUAUGGAUUUAAAUUUUAUAUUUUUUGUACAAAGGAAAAAAAAUAAACACAUUAUGAACAGUUCAAAA